AUGGAGUUAGAACAAAAGUUGAAAACAGCAGUACCUUUAUUGUCUGAAGGGUUUUUAGCACAUUGGGUGCCGAUAUUAAAUCAAAUCGAAGAACAAAUAAAUGAAUUGAAGAAUAAGCAAAACCUUCUCCUGGAAGAUUUGAAAACUACAAAUACAUUAAUGGAAAACCAAGAAAAUUAUGAGUACAUAACAUUAAGUUUUUCCAAAAUUCCUCAAUAUCUUACAAAAUUACAAAAUAUACGCAACACCAUGGUAACAAUGCUAGCUCGAUCGAAAAAUAUGAAACAACGGGUUGCCAAUCUUAAAUUAGUUAAAGAACAACAGUUUGCACAAAUUGCUAAAAUACAUCAACGUGAAAAAACGCAUGAUCAAACUGUUUUGGCUGCAAAGGUUGUCGAGAAUAAUCCUAUUGAGCAACAGGACGAUAAGCAUCUUCAACUGUGA